AUGGGGAAGAAGGAAAAGACCAUCCAAGAAGAGGCAGACCAAAUGAGUGACAGCAAAAAUGAUGAAGAUCUCCUUAGUGACCCCCCCAUACAGCAUGGGGAGAUAAGGGAAAGGGGCCCACAGAGUGCAAACCACGCGGGGAAUAGUCCCCUGAGUAAGGGAAAUACCUGCAAAGGCGAAGAUGGGGCGCCAGCAAAUGUGCAAGACACGCACAUUACUAACGCCAACGCCAGUAGGAACGAUGCCCCCCCAAAGUACAGCAUCUUUAUAGAUAAGAAAGGCGCCAUAAACAGCAUUUUGAGCUCCACAUUCGCGGGAAUAAUGUCUAGGACUGUUACAGCCCCGCUGGACAGGGUAAAGUAUAUAAUGCAGGUGACGAACAAUCUGCCCAUUUCUGAGAUUUUCGAAAUCAUAAAAAAGGACGGAAUUGUGUGCGGGUUCUUCAGGGGGAACUGCGUGAACAUCGUGAAGAUCAUUCCGGAGCUCUCCAUAAAAAUGUACUCCUACGAGUUUUUCAAGGUUAACGUGUACAACUACUACAGGGGUGGCGGCGGUGACAGGGGUAGUGGUGGUGACAGGGGUAGUGGUGGUGACAGGGGUAGUGGUGGUGACAGGGGUAGUGGUGGUGACAGGGGUAGUGGUGGUGACAGGGGUAGCGGUGGUGAUAGCCGUGGCGGAGGGAGGAGACCCCUCAACUAUGCGGAGGACCAGGAAAACCUCGACAUCCCCUUCUUCAUUCGCUUCAUCAUAGGAAGCUCCAGCGGGGUCAUAGCGGCUCUCUUCGUUUAUCCCCUCGAAAUAGUCAAAACGAGACUAAUCGUCUCCAAUAAAAAUGACAACAACGGAAUUGCCAAAUGUUUUUACAACAUUUAUACGAAGGAACGAUGGAGGAACUUCUACAACGGAUUGUCUAUGCACAUUUAUGGAGUCAUCCUAUUUUCAGGGUGCAAUAUGAGCAUCUACGAUUAUUUGAAGUACCUAUUUUUUACACUCUAUAAGGAUUAUAUUCACUUCACGCACUGCAUCCGAGGUGGUGAUGACUCGGGUGAAGACAACGCAGCGGAGGGGCGAGACACGGACAGGGAUGCGUCCCAAACCGAAGGCGGGAGAAGCGGCAAAAACGGAGACAGCAGCGGAGGAGUAACUUUCUUCAAGUACAGCCUACUAAACGGAUUGUCCCAUUUUAGAAAAAAAUCCACCCACUGGAAUAAUCCAACCUAUAAGCACCAAAAGGAAAGUCACCUGAACAGGUCAGAAGAAUGCGCCUACUGUAACUAUCGAGUAAAAAACAUCAACUGUCUGUCUUUCCUAUUUUUUGGUAUAACCAGCUCGUUCAUCGCCCAGAUUGUCAGCUACCCCUUUCUCGUUUUGCGGACCCGCAUGCAAACUCUCAACAAUGAGAUAACUACAAAUUAUUUGAAUAACGAGAGGAAGCACAUCAAGUCGUGCAGCUUUAUUCUGUACAACAUCAGGGUCUAUGGGUUUAGGUCCCUCUACCGAGGCAUCUACGUGAAUCUCCUAAGAACCAUACCCGCCACGUCGAUUACGUGGUUCGCAUACGAGUACGCCAUGAGGAAGUUGCAGGCGGGAGUGAAGCUGUAA